AUGGAAAACAAAAGAUACCAAGUCACCUGGCCGUGGAAAGAAGAAUAUCCUGAGUUACCAGAAAAUCGGGAACUAGCAUAUGGAAGGCUAAAGUCACUACUUCACAAGUUACAGUGUAACCCUGAUUUACUGCACAAGUAUGAUGACAUUAUUCAGGACCAGUGUAAAAAGGGAAUUAUAGAGAAAAUUCCAUCCCAACAAAGAGAGACAGGUAUUAAGCAUUAUAUACCUCAUCACGCAGUGAUAGAUUUGACCAAACCUACUACAAAGGUAAGGAUUGUGUAUGAUGCAUCGGCUAAGUCAGGACAUAAGAAAACCAGCUUGAAUGAGUGUUUGCACAGGGGACCUGUGAUGCUGCAUGAUUUAUGUGGACUUCUGAUGCGCUUUAGACUUAAGAAGAUAGGAAUAACCGCAGACAUUGAGAAAGCGUUCUUGCAAAUUGGCUUACAGGAGGAAGACCGUGAUGCUACUAGAUUCUUCUGGUUGAAGGAUGCUAACAAGGCUACAGUAGACAGCAAUGUACAAGUGUACAGAUUUUGCAGAGUGCCUUUUGGUGUGAUCUCAAGUCCAUUCUUACUUGCGGCAACUGUUGACCAUCACCUUAGUACAUAUGAAAGCAAGACAGCUGAAAACAUCCGAAACAAUAUUUAUGUAGAUAAUGUUAUUACAGGAGUUGAUAACAUUCAAGAAGCAGAAAUUCUAUACAAGGAAGCCAAGGAGAUAUUCAGUAGUAUGUCCAUGAACUUGAGAGAUUGGGCAUCUAAUGCCAAGGACUUUUAUGAGACCAUACCAGAUGAAGAUCAAUCAGCUAGAGAAAAGUUAAAAAUACUUGGAUUGACUUGGAAUCUCAUCGAGGAUGUACUUUCAGUGCCAUGUGGAAAUUGUAUGAGUAAGACAGUACCAGUUACCAAACGAGAAGUACUCCAAGUAGUUGCGUCAAUAUUCGACCCUCUUGGAUUUUUCACACCUGUGACUUUAAAGGCAAAAUUUUUUCUUCAGACUCUAUGGAAGAAAAAUCUUGAGUGGGAUGAAGCACUCACAGAAGAAGAUAUACAACAAUGGCGAGAAAUAAGAGCAGAUUUAGGAGGGAUUCCAAAGUGUCAGAUUCCAAGAUAUAUAGGACUAUCAGGAGAGGUGUCUUACAGACUUUUGUGUUUUUGUGAUGCAUCUGCAAAAGCAUUUGCGACUGCCAUUUACCUUCAGAUGACAACUACCAAUUCAAGCAUCAGCAACUUAGUAUUUUCCAAGACUCGUCUAGCACCGACAAAGACAAUUACUAUGCCUCGUCUCGAACUUCUAGCAGUUCUCAUUGGAGUAAGGAGUCUAAACUUUGUUCACAGUCAACUAAAACUAACAGUGUGUGAGAAAAUACUCUGGACAGACUCACAGUGUGUCUUACAUUGGAUAAAGACUAAGAAGCCCUUGACAGUUUUUGUGGAAAACAGAGUGAAGGAAAUUCAGAAGAGCAGUGACCUUGAAUUUCAAUAUGUGGCUUCUACUGAUAAUCCAGCAGAUAUUGCUACCAGAGGUGGUACAGUGGAAAUAUUGCAAGAAAACAGACAGUGGUGGAAUGGCCCAGCAUGGCUGAAAGAGAGCAAAAGUCAGUGGCCGAUAUGGAAUCCAACUCCGAGUGAAAAUCACAGUGAAGCUAUUGCUUCAGAGUACAAGAAAUCUAGAGUGUAUGAAACCAAACUGUUAGUGGGGGAGGAUCCUCAUGGAUGCUCGGACACUCCUGCUGAAUGCAAGAAACCGUUUAGCCUAGACGACAAGCAAUUUUCGUCCUUUGCUAAAUUAGUCAGAGUAUCGGCAUGGAUACUUAGAUUCAUCAGUAAAAUUAAGAAGGAAAAAUCCUUUUCUGGUACAUUAACUGCAACAGAACUGAGUGAGGCAAAGUUACUUUGGAUAAGGAGUAUCCAAAAUGAGAACUAUAAAGAAGUAAAGAGUGCUUUAACAGAAGGAAAGAGGCUUAACUUAGUUAACCAAUUAGGACUCAUUUUGGAUGAAGACAAAAUUAUAAGAUGCGUUGGUCGACUUGGAGCUGCACACCUGACCGAAGGAGCUAGAACACCAAUUUUACUGCCAAAGAAAAAUCAUGUGACAGAUCUACUCAUAGACAGUUACCACAGGAAAUCACUUCAUGUUGGAAUAUCUCAGACACUAUCCUUAAUCCGACAGACAUAUUGGAUUCCUCAAGGACGUUCUCAAGUGAGAAGAGUACUGCAGAAUUGUAGUAUAUGCAAGCGACAUGAAGGUGGACCAUACAGAAUGCCUGUAAUGCCACCCUUACCAAAGAAGAGAGUGAAUGAGGCUUCGCCAUUUACUUACACUGGUGUCGACUACUUCGGCCCUAUUUAUGUGAAAACAGACACUGGGACCAAGAAAGUGUGGGUGUGCCUAUUCACAUGUUUAGUCACCAGAGGUAUCCAUCUCGAGCUUAUGCAAGAUAUGUCGACUGAAGAGUUCCUUCUUGGCUUGAGACGAUUCAUUGCUCGAUGGGGAAAACCGAAAGAACUUAUCUCUGACAAUGCUUCCCAGUUUAAGUUGGCAAGUAGUGCGCUUGAGAAAAUUUGGACCUCAACAGUCAGGGAUCCAGAUGUGCAGAGCUAUAUCGCAAAUGAAGAUAUCAAAUGGCAGUUCAUAGUCGAACUGGCCCCAUGGAUGGGAGGCUUCUACGAGCGUCUCAUUGGAGUAGUGAAGAGAUGCCUACGAAAAACUAUUGGGAAACUGUGUCUUACAAGUGAACAACUAAGAACUCUAUUAGCAGAGACUGAGGCAGUUGUUAAUUCAAGGCCAUUAGUUUAUGUGGGAGAUGACAUAAAUUCUAACAUAAUUCUCACACCAGCUCACUUCCUGACACUGAAUCCUAAAAUUGGUAUUCCUGAUAGUGAAGAAGAAGAUACAGAGGACACAGAGUAUCUACCUAACAUCAGCAGUGCUGAGAAGUUAUUACAGACAUGGAAGAAGGGACAAAAACAUCUUGAUGCCUUUUGGAAAUCCUGGCGAGAUGACUAUCUCCUGAGUUUGCGAGAAAGAACAGCAUACAGACUGAAGGAAGGAAGAAUUCAGCACAGUAUGGAGCCAAGGAUUGGAGAUGUGGUGUUGGUUAAAGAUGAACUUCCGCGUGGAACCUGGAAAGUAGGACGUGUGUGUGAACUGACCGUUAGCAGAGAUGGACAGAUCCGUUCCGGAAAGGUUUUACUUCCAAAUAAGAAGACCCUUAAUAGGCCACUAAAUCUUUUAUAUCCGAUCGAGUGUUCAAAGGAAACAGAGUCCAAUGACAGGAAGGAUCAAAGUACCGAAAGUGAUAAAAGUGUCUCAUCCGAAAAUCCCACGGUGACCAAUUCAAAAACAGAAGCGGAUGCUAGAGACUCACCACAAGAGAGACCUAAGAGACGAGCCGCCUGUAGAGCAGUAGAGAAGAUCAAAGAUUGGUUAAAACCAUGA